AUGAAAGAUAAAGUGGUUAUCGUAACCGGUUCUAAUACCGGUAUCGGGCUAGCCACCGCCGCGGACCUCGCAGGCAGAGGCGCUAAAGUUAUCCUCGCCUGCAGGAACGAAGAGAAGACAAAACAAGCUAUAAAUACAAUAAAACAGACAACAAAGGAUGCAAAUCUAAUUUUCAAACCCUUAGACCUGGCAUCUUUGAAGUCAGUACGAGCAUUCUCUACUGAUAUUUUGAAAACUGAAUCUAGAAUAGAUGUUUUAAUAAACAAUGCUGGCACGGGUAUACUCGACAAUUCUUUGACUGAAGACAAUCUGCCCGUCGAAGCACAAGUCAAUCACUUCGGUCCAUUCCUGCUCACAAUGUUAUUGCUGCCUUUGAUAAAAUCUUCAGCUCCCAGCAGAAUUGUUAACGUUUCGUCCCUAAUGCACAACCUAGGCAAUGUGAAGAAUUUGGAGAAGCAGGGCGCGAGGUUUCUUGAUCGUCGGAGAGUAUAUUCGAAUACAAAAUUAGCAAACAUUCUCUUUACUCGAAAACUGAGUGAGCUCUUAAAAGGCACUGGCGUUACUGUAAAUUGCCUUCAUCCAGGCGCAGUCAGCACCGAUAUCUUCAGAAAUCAACCGAAAAUCAUCAAAUUUCUAUUGAGACUACUGUUUUGGACGCCAACUGAAGGAGCUCAGACCACGAUUUACUUAUCAGUAGCAAAAGAGUUACAGGAAGUAACUGGAAAGUAUUUUGAUAACUGUACUGAAACAACUCCCGCCAAAAAGGCACUGGACGACGAAGCCGCGGAGAGAUUAUGGAAAAUAUCUGAAAAAGUCACAUUCCUUGAUAAAAAGACUUUCUAG